UUUCCUGGUUGCCUUUACACGUCAGAUUCUUACAGAAGAUGGAUCAAACCUGCACGUCUAAACAGAACAGACGACUCUCAAACCUCAGCGGACUUUUGUUGCUGCUGCUUCUGGCAGGACUUCAGUCUGUACUGUCUUCGGAUGGAGAGCAGCCUGAACAAGGUGAUAGUGAUGAUAACAGGACAUUUUCAGGAGGAGUGAAUGUAACAAUAAUCGGUCCGGACUAUGUGACGUUGGGAGUGCCGAGCACCGUUGAGUGCGAUGCCGGAUGCCCUGGAUGUCUCUACUCCAUGUCUUUGGAUGGGCAGACCGCUCAGGGUCAGGGUAACGUACUGGCCUUCACUGUAAACGAAUGGGUGGGGGCUGUAGUGGUGUCAUGUACGGCCACAGACGAGGACACACAGCAGACCGCCACGACAACGAAGAAACUACAGGUGUUAGACGGACCUGCCAACAUUUCCAUCGCAGGCGCUGAUUUGAUGAAUCCAACCUUGAGCCACACCUACAGCUGCCACGCCCACUGUCGGCCAUCUUGUUCCUACACCUGGAGGUCAGAUCAUGGCCCGUGGAUUGGUGGUCAAGGGAAUGUGAUUUCUAUCGUUCCUCAGGAGAUGAAUAACUCCACAGUGCUCACCUGCAAAGCCACCAACACUGUGUCUGGGCUGUUUAUCGCUGCCACGCGACGCAUUACUGUAAUAACCGGUCCAUCAAAGGUCCAGAUCGAAGGCCCCGACAUUGUAGAAAUCGCACAAAAGUAUAAGUUCAUGUGUUCUGCCGAGUGUCUGCCAUCUUGUCGCUACUUGUCGUCUGUGGACGGUCAGACCGUGAGGGGCAACGUGAUUGAGAUAAGAUUGGAUCAUCCGCUUAAAUCUUUCACUCUCAAGUGCGAGGCACAAAACACUGCUUCCAGGAGGACAGCCACAGUGUUAAAAAGUGUACAAGUAAAAGGGUCAAAUGGAAACCUGUCUGUUCGUCCUGAAGAGACUUCAGCACUGCUGCUGUUGGCCUUCAUGAUGACUGUCGCCUUAUCACUGUGAUCCACUGCACACAGGUUCAGCGGAUGAAUAAGUAACAAAGAAAUCUUUCUAAAUUGUGGGAAAUUGGUGACUCACACACUCUACAAAUGACUCCUUUACACUGGCCUCACAUGUUGACAGAGGGCUGAUCCCUGUUUGCACAUUGCAGGGAGUGACGUGGAAAAGGUGCUUAAAUAUCAACAGCGCGAAGAAAGGAGCAUUGGAUGUCAGAAUUGGUCAAUUUGUCCUCAACACUGAUUUAGCUGAAAAGUCUAAAAAUGUGCCGAUGCGUAAAUGAUAUACACUGACUUCUAUAACAAAGAGUUAUCAGAUUUGUAAAAACGCUGUCUUACGCUUCAAUUAAAGUCUUGAACAGAUCCAA